GGCUUCAAGGCCCGUGAGUAGGCUGAUGACUCAUCCCACCUGACAACUCCCUCUCCCGCGCAAAGCCACAGCACACAAUUCGAUUUCCCUAGGGAAAAAUAGACCCCAUCUACCCCACCAUUCGACUCACAAAAAAGUUCGAGGAGGGAGUGCCUGCUCUCAUCCAGCGCCAGCAGCACCGUCGCCGGCCGAACGUCUCGCCAAACCGAUACCCCCAGUUCCGCCAUCGCCCGUGUCGCCCACCAUGUCGCGGUUUUUCCGAGGUGGAAAUGAUAGCUCGAGCGAGAGCAGCUCCGACGAGGAGGAGCUCUACUCAGAUGACGAGGUGUCGCAGCAGGAGGACGAGGAUGGCUCCGACAACGAGGGAUCCGGCGAUGAUGAGUCGUCGUCGUCUGAGGAGGAGGGCGGCGUGAAGAAGAGCGGCGCAAACAAAUUCUUGGCCGACAAUGAGUCCUCGUCCGAGGACGACAGCGAUGCCGAAGCCACCACAAAGGUGAAGAGCGCAAAGGACAAGCGGUUCGAAGAGCUGGAGGCGAUCAUCACCACCAUCACCAACAACCAAAAGAUCAACGACUGGGGCUCCAUCUCCACCGAGUUCGACAAGCUGAACCGACAGGUUGAGAAGCUGCGCGCCGGUACCCCUACGCCCAAGAUUUACAUCAAAUGCCUGGCAGAUCUGGAGGACUUCAUGAACGAGACCUUGGCGAAACAGAAGGUCACGCCCAAGAAGAUGAACGCCACCAACGCCCGUGGUCUGAACGCGGUCAAGCAGCGCAUCAAGAAGACCAACAAGGAGUACCAGACCCAGAUCGAGGCGUACAAGGCCGACGAGUUUGGGUACAUGAUGGACACGGACGACGAGGAGGAGGAGCCUGCGCCAAAGCCCGUCAAGAAGGUCAGGCUGGCCGACAUGGACGCCGAGAAGGAAGACGGGGACUUCAUAACCGUCGGCAAGGGUGGCCGGACCCUGCAGUUCACCCCUGAGAGCAUCUUCAAGCACCUGCGAUCUAUCCUCGAGUCGCGCGGCAAGAAGAACACGGACCGCUUCGAGCAGAUCAAGAUCAUGGAGAAGCUGGGAGAGAUUGCCGUCACUCCCUAUCAGAGGAUCCGUGUUCUGCUCGCACUUAUCUCGUCGCGCUUCGACAUCGGCACCAGCACUGGAACCGCUCUUCCCGUCGAGCACUGGAAGGCAGCGGAGAAGGAGCUCUCGCUACUGCUAACGGUGCUGGAUGAGAACAAGGAAUACAUAGUUCUUGAGAACGCCGAGGAGUGGGAGGACGACGACAAGCCCCCUGUGCUUGAGAAGGAGGAGAAGUACAUCAAGGUUCCCGGAAGCAUCGUCUCAUACGUGGAGCGCCUCGACGACGAGCUUACCCGAUCCCUCCAGGCCAUCGACCCCCACACUUCAGAGUACAUUGAGCGCCUCACCGACGAGGGUGCUCUUUACAACAUCAUCUUCCGCGGCCAGCUGUACUACGAGGGUCUCCGCAAGGACUCCACUCUCGAGAUUCUUCAGGAGCUCGUGAACCGUGUCGUCAUGCGCCGUCUGGACCACGUCUACUUCAAGCCCUCCCAAGUCGUCAAGAUCCUCGAGGAGAACUGCUGGAAGGAGGCGGGCGGUAGUGUCGACUCGAGCAUAACCCCCCGCCAGGAGACGGUCGACGCGCCGCUGCUGGUCAACGUCCUCUGCAACUACCUGUUCGCCAACAGCGAGGGCAUCCACAGGGCACGGGCGAUGCUGUGCCAGAUCUACUUCCUUGCGCUGCACGACGACUACUACAAGUCGAGAGACAUGAUGCUCAUGUCGCACUUGCAGGAGACGAUCAACAGCUUCGACGUCCUGACGCAGAUUCUGUACAACAGGACGCUUGUCCAGGUCGGUCUCUGUGCGUUCCGCAAGGGACCCGUGUACGACGCACAAAACACGUUGCAGGAGAUCUGCGGCAGCGGCCGGCAGAAGGAGCUGCUUGCUCAGGGUGUCAUGAUCCAGAGGUUUAACCAGGUUUCCCCCGAGCAGGAGAGGCUGGAGAGGCAACGACAACUGCCGUUUCACAUGCACAUCAACCUGGAGCUGCUGGAGUGCGUGUACCUGACGUGCAGCAUGCUGCUCGAGAUCCCGCUCCUGGCCCAGACGGGCUCGUCUCCGGACAUCAAGAAGCGCAUCAUCAGCAAGACGUACCGCCGCAUGCUCGAGUACCACGAGCGCCAGAUCUUCACGGGCCCCCCGGAGAACACGAGGGACCAUGUCAUGCAGGCCUCCAAGACGCUAGCUGCUGGCGAGUGGAAGAAGGCGACGACGUUCAUCCACAGCAUCAAGAUCUGGGAGCUGAUGCCGAGCGCCGAGGCCAUCAAGACCAUGCUGGCCAAGCAAAUUCAGGAGGAGGGUCUGCGGACAUAUCUGUUUACGUAUGCGCCAUUCUACGACACGCUCAGCGUGGAGACGCUGAGCACCAUGUUUGAGCUGGACCCGGUCAAGGUCUCGGCCGUGAUCAGCAAGAUGAUUAGCCACGAGGAGCUUGCGGCAGCGCUGGACCAGGUCAAGCAGACGGUCAUCUUCCGCAAGGGCGUCGAGCUCAGCAGGCUGCAGAGCCUGGCGCUCACUCUGUCGGACAAGGCGAGCUCGCUCAUCGAGUCCAACGAGCGCACGCUAGAGCAGCGGACACAGGGCACGAGCAACGCGUUCGAGAGGCAGGGCGGCAGGGGUGGCAGGGGCGGCCGGGGCGGCGGCAGGGGCAGGGGCGGCGGCGGCAGGGGAGGUCCACGGAUCGACAAUGCGCAACGGCAGGCUGGCGGCACCCAGUUCACGGGCGGCGCAUUGGGGGUGCGCGGGUAGAGGGUUUCCUUUCAACAAAUGUUCUUUUUUCGGUCCCGUCGUUUCUUAGCUGGUUCAUUGCAUUCAUUGGGCUUGGCAGGGCAGUCCAGUCGGUGAAGACAAAAGCGUGCUUCAUAGCCCCCACAGGUAGAGAGGAUGGGUCCGCAUUUUGAUCUGGUGGCUUCUGGACUUGGUUUGGCCCCGUCGAGGUGUUAUGAAUGCUGGGUAGGGUAUAAUUGUUAUUUCGCACGGAUCUGUGUCUCUGCCUUAUUUGGGUUCAGUUCUGGCCGUAUCAAGCGGGGUGAAUAUGAAGUCUGGGUGUA